GUGCUUGCAUUUUAUCUCAGAGCCGGUCCUCACGAGCGUUCCGGAUGCAGAUUGCGCUUUGAAGCUACAAAUGUCGUCUGCCGUGCUCGAUUGCUGUCCGUUGCAACAAAACAAAAUCAUUGGCAUAAUGAGUACUUGAUUCCGCUGCAGGAGAAUAGGGCAGGGUUACAUCGCAGGGGACAAAUGGGUGCGGGUUCGGGCAUCUAGUGGCGCGACAUGCAAGAGCCACCUGUACAGGCGUUUUGGGCGCCAACGCCACCUGCGCAUGCCGUAACUUGCGUCGCGGCCCAUGGAGCCCUACUCUACAGCGGAGCUGCCGACGGCGCAAUUGUGCGGUGGCAGCUGCAGCCCGACCAGCCGCCGCGCGCCGUUGUCAUGCUGUGCGGCCACGCCUGUGCCAUCCGUCACCUUGCGCCCGGGCUGGCGUGUGACGAGCAUGGCGACUGCACAAGCCGCAGCGGCAGCACCACUGGCAGUAGCUCCACUGGCAGUAGCGGCACUGGCAGUAGCGGCACUGGCAGUAGCACCACCGCGCGCUACCUGCUGAGUGUCGACGCCAGCGGCCUGGCGUGCCUGUGGCUGGAGCCGGCGGGGCUGUGUGUGGCGCGGCGACACGUGCCGGAGCUGGUGGGGGCGGCGUGGGCGGACAUGCCGCAGCAGCAGCAGCAGCAGCAGCAGCGGCCGGCAGGGGCGGAGCCCCUGACGGCGCGGUGGCUCCUGGCGGCGCUGCCUCCCGCCGGCCCCGGCGACAGCAGCGCCGACGGCGAGCAGGGCGGUGCCGGCGGUGGCAGCGGAAGCAACAGCAAUGCGGCUCGCCGCAUCAGUCACGACUUCAGCUUCCACACGUCCGCUGGCGCACGGGUUGGCGGCGGCGGCGGCGGCGGCACCGACGCCGUGGCGGCGGCGGCAGCGGCAGCCGUGGUGGCGGCGCCGCCGCCGGUGGCGGUGGUGCUGGAGUGGCGCACGCUCACAGUGACUCAGCUACUGCCCAUGGCGCCAUUGCUGCAGCUGGCGGCGGUCACGCUGCCGGGGGCGGCGGCUGUAGCAGGGGUCAGGGGAGGCUGCAGUAGCAGCCGUGUGGCGCGGGGGCGCGUUGUAGGCUCCGAUGACGGUGGGGAGGACGGCGGGGAUGCAGGGGAAGUGGACGGUGCCGGCGCGGGUGCGGCUGCCGACACGGGGCGGUUGGUGGCUGUCCGUGUCAGCUACUGGGAGCUGACUCAGCCGGCGGCGGCUGGCGAGCGCCUGGCGGUUGCGGCGGCGGUUGGGGCGGGCGGCACGCUGUACGGCUGCGUGGUGCCGUACGAUCCGUACCGCCCGCCGGGAUGGACGCUGGUUGGCGGUGACGCCGCCACCUCAGACACCGGCGCCGGCACGUUGCCAACCGCCACGUCGCCGCCGCCACUGGCGGCGGCGACGGCGCGUGAGGUGGAUGAGUUCCACGAGCCGUUGCUGGCAGCAGCGCUGUCGUACGACCUGGGAUGGGCGGUGCUGGGGGCGGCGGACGCAUGGGUGGUGAAGCGAUCACGCCGCGGCGUCGUGGCGGCGCCGCCAGUGAACGGCGGCGGUUACGGCGGCGGUUACGGCGCGCUGGUGCUGUCGUACCAACGGCUGUACCGCAUCAGCCUCAUGCACCAGCAGCAGCCAUUGAUGGGGCUGGCGGCGGCGCCGAUGCCGAUGUCGCCGCUGCUGGCCGCCGGACUGCACGAGCCGCGGUCCACACCGCCGCGGUCUUCCUCGCCGCGGCCUCAGACGCAGCCGCUGUCUGCCACCCUGCACAGCCCAGACCACCACCAGCUACAGUCGCAGCUACAGCCUCAGCUACAGCCGCAGCUGCACACUUCGUACGUCAUCCGCGCCGCCACUCACAUGCUGCUGCUGGAGCCGCCGCCUCCGCCGCCGCCGCCGCCGCCGCCGCAGGUGGCUAGCGCUACUGCCGGCUCCGGGCGGGCCCUGGAGGCGGCAGUAACAGGCUUGGGUGUUGGCGAGGCGGGAGGGGUGGAGGGGGGCGAGGGCCCGGAAGCGGCUCUGGAGCUGCUGUGCUGGGACGGCUCGGGUCGGCAGCAGCUCGUGUCCCUGCGCCGCCACCCGGUCCCGGCACUGCCGCCGCCGCCGCCGCCGCCUGCACCUGAAGUCACAGCAGCGGCGGCGGCAGCAGCAAAUGGGCGGUUGGAAGCCUCGUCGUCCUUCUCCUUUGCGCGACUCAGCGGCGGCGGCGCCGCCACUGCUGCUGCCGGCUCGGGACCGUCAGUUAGCCUCCGCCCUGCCGCUGCGGCUGUUGUCUCGCCCUUUGCCGCCCUGUCCUGGCCGGGGCAUGCGUCGGGUGGGGAGGCAGAGCACAGCUCUGCAAGUGAGGCGUUGGCGGUUGGAGAAAGCGGCUGUAGCAGCGGCAGGGCGGCUGCGGCGGCGCUGACGGCGACGCCGAGCGGCAGCCGCAAUGGCCACGUGCUGCGGGUGAGGGAGCUCCUGGCAGGGGAGGCCGCGGCGGCGGCGGCGGCGGCGGCGGCGGCGGGUGGGAAUCUCGCUCUGGCGCACCCUCAGCACCCGCAGCACGGGCGGCACCGCCCGCUGCACCGCCGCCUGGCAUGCGGCGUGUGCUGGGUGCACUGGCCCGAGCCUACGGCCACGGCGGCGGCGGCAGCGGCGGCGGCGACUGCGGUUGACGCGAGCCUCGUUAGCAGCGGUGGCAGUGACUCUGGCGGCGGCGGCGGCGGUGGCCGUGACGAGGCCGAGCGACACAGGGCGCCUGGCAAGGCUUCGGGGUCUGCGGGCUGGAGCUGGUCGGUGCUCAGUGUACAUAGCCACACGGCGGCGGCGGCGGCGGCGGCGGCGGCGGCGGCGGCGGCGGCGGUGGCGGGCGGGCGCCGUUGGCGGCUGGCGGGCGGCUCAGACGCUGCCGCGGCCGCUGCUGCCGUGCCGUUCGGGAUCGGGGCGGACGCGAGUGGCGGCGGCGCCGCCGCCGCCGGCGGACCGACCGACACCACAGCCUAUCAAUGGCGCAUUAGGCCCGAUGUCUCUUUGCCGGGUGGCUGUGGGCCGGAUGGGUGUGGACCGCACGGCAGCAGUGAGGCGGUAUUGCCCGCGUCCGCACCCCCGCCUGCAUCCUCGGUGCAACUGCCGCCGCCGGCACUGCCGCCGCCGCCGGCUGGACGCAGGGGGCAUGACGUACUGCCGCUGGUAGGCUCGCUGGGAGCGGGCUGGACUGCUACUGCCGGUGGCGUUGCUGCUACUGCUGCCGGGGCUGCUACUGCCGUCGCUGCUGCUGAGGGUGCUGCUACUGCCGGCAACGGCAUGGCGCCUGGUGCAAGUGGUGCUGGCGAGGGCGGCAGGAGGGGGCAGAACUCCAAGGCUGUGGCGGCAGUAGCAGCAGACAGCGGCAGUAGCAGCGCCUGCAGCGACAGCAGCAGCAACGGCUCCGGGAACGGGACCGGGACCAGCAGCGGCUGUAGCAGCUCGAGCGAGAGCGACGGGGCCGGCAGUAGCACGAGCGAAGACGAGCAGGGGCCCUGCUUCCCCGACUGUUGCUACAGCCCAGCCUCUGUGCUACAGCCCCGUCUGCAGCAGCCUGCGGCCGGCGCAAUGCCGGCAGCUGCUGCAGCCAACGGCUCGCCUGGUGCUCCAGCGGCGGCCACGUUAGCCACCGCCGCCGGCCUGGCGGCUACAGCCGGAGAUGGUGGCGGCGGGCGGCGGGCGCGGCGGCGGCUCCUUGACGCGCUCGGCCUGCCGUACUGCCUGUACGAACGCUGGGCUGCCGUACACUGGCGCAGCAGCAGGCGGCGCAGCCAACUGCUGGCGGCGGCGGCGGCGGCGGCGGAAGCAGAAGUUGGAGCUGGCGGCAGUAGCAUGGCGGCGGCGCCGCCACCGCUGCUACACCCUGUGGUGAUGUCGCCUGGGAGGCCGUGGCUGCCUGGUGACGGCGACGAGGCAGACGGGGACGCUGACGGCGACGACGAUAACGGAGUGGCGGCGGCGGCGUCGGCGGGCUGGCGGCGGGCGGGUGGCGGUGGCGGCGGCGGCCGUUGGGGUGCUGCGGUGGCGGCGCUGACGGCUAUGUAUAGGAUGGGCGGGCUGGCGGCGGCGGCGGCAAGGAAGCUGCAAUUGAGUGGCAUUGGCGGCGGCAGCGGCGGCGGCUGGGGUGGCAGCGGGCUGGCGACGGGAGGGGCAGCGGCGGCGCUCGGCGGUACGGUGGUGUCGGCGUCGCUGGUUGUGUGCGACAACGCGGGAGCUGUAGCAGCAGCCCCCAAUGGCAGUAGCAGCAGCGCUGGCGGCGGCGUGCUUGUGGAUGAAGCCAUGCUCGUCCAGUGUACUGCGGCGGGUGCGAUGCGCUACUGCCACGCCGCCGCCUACGCGGUGCCGGCUGCUACAGCCGCCUGUGGCGGCGGCGGUGGCGGCGGCGGAGCUCAGCCGGCGCGCUGCGGGUGGAUGCUCGGGCACCUGGGGCCAGUCACGUGCCAGCUGGAGGUGGUGUACCGCCCGCCACCAGCUGUUACUGCCACACCAGUUGCUACUGCCACAGCUGCAGCUGCUGCUACAGCUGCUGCAGCUGCCGCGGCGGCGCCGCUAUCCACCGCCCCGUCCUCGCCCGCGCUGCACACCUACGCCCGUGCUCCCGCGCCGGCAGCACCCAGCCGCCCCCGCAGCCUCACGACGGCGCCGGCCCCGCCGACAUCGUCCGCGUCUGCCCAGCCCCAUCCUAACCAGCCCCAUCCUAACCAGCCUCAUACUAACCAGCCUCAAACUAACCAGCUUCAUCAACAGCAGCCACAACAGCCGCAACAACAGCAGCUGCAACAGCCGCACUUACAGCCGCAACAACAGCAGCAGCAUGAGAAGCUGCAGCAGGCGUUUAGCGGCGGCGCUGGCGGCGAGCGGCCGCCAUCGAGUGGCGCCUCCUCCCCGGGAUCCGGAUCUGCCUCCACCUCCUUGGGCACCUUUUCGUCGUGCCCGCUGCCACACCCCCAGUCGCUACCGCCGCACCCGCACCAGCAUCCAGCCGCCGCCCGCCUCUCCUCGACCACCGCCGCCGCCGGCAGUAGCAGCUGCCGCAGCGUUGACCUCAAUGGCGGCGGCGCUAAUGGCUGUAGCACCAGGGGCACUGGCAGUAGCACCAGCGGUAACGGCUUCACCGGCCUUGGCGGCCUGCCGCCGGGGCAUCCGGUGCGUGUCUUAGUCACGGGCUCGGCCGAUGGCUCCAUUCGGGCCUGGCACACACACCGUGCCGCCUUCGGCCGCCCCAUCUUCGCCGUACACCCCCACGGCGCCCCCGUGCGGCGGCUGCUACUGCCGCGCCCCGACCCCGCUGCUACAGCCGCCGCCGCCGCUGCCGCGCACGGGCCGCCGCUGACGGCGGACCCGGUCGCUGUAGCAGCCGCCAUGUGGACGGGGAGCGCGGCCGCCGCCGCCUCCUCCUCCCGCUCCUCCGCCUUCGCCUCCUCCUUCGCCUCCUCCUUCGCCUCCUCCUUCGCGUCCUCAGCCGCCGCCGCCGCGGCGGCGGCAGCCGCCGCCGGCUCCCCCGGCCUCUGGCCGGGGGGCCCGGCGGCAACGGGCGUUUUUGGCGCCGCGCCCGCCGAGUUCCGGCACUGUGUGGUGUCGGCUGCAGAUGACGGCUCCGUGGCGCUCGUGUGUUUGGCGCGGCGGGCGGUGGUGCGCGUGUGCCGCGGCUUUCCCUACGGCGCGCCGGAGGCGGUGUCUUGGAGCUUCAGGAGGGGCUUUCUGGCCUGCGGCGGACGCGACCGCGCCGGCCGCUGGGCCGUCGCCGUCUUCGACCUAGCGCCCGCGACCCCCACACUUGACCGGCUGGUCAGCGGAACAGCCGCCCGGGCCAUACUGGACGGCGUCGACUCCGCCGCCGCCGCCACCAGCUGCGCACCAGCGGUCGCGAUGCGGACAGUGGCGGCGGUGGGAACCCAUCACGCCCACACAGGGGCUGCGGCGGCGCCGCCGCCUCCUGGCGGCAGGCAAAGCGGCAGCGGCAGCUAUGGCGGCGGCGCAGGUGGAUGGAUUCACAGCAGCGCUGCCGCCGCCGGCAGUGGCCAGCGCGCCAGCGCUGCCGAGGCGCACCCGUCGCAUUCCGUGCUGCCGCCGCCGCCGCCGCCGCCACCUGCGACCAGCGCCCAAGCACUCCUGGCGGCGCACCCGCACCCACCGCUCCCACACCACCACCACCAUCACCACCAGCAGCCCUCGGCGCUGCCGCCGCAGGCGGCGGUGGCCGCCGCUGAAUCCAGCUCACCGCGCCAGGCGGCUCCGCCGGCUGGCGGCGGCGGCGGCGGCGGCGGCGCUUGGUCGUACGGUGGUGGUCUGCACGCGCUGCCGUACGGGCCGCGCCGCGGCAGGCCGGAGGUACCGCUAGCGGCGGUUGACGGCGCCGCCCUGGCGGCGGUGGUGGCGGCGGCGGAGGCCGCUUCUUCUGCCGCAAUUGCAGCUGCCGCCGCCGCAGCAGCUUCGAAGGCGGCUGCGGCGCAUUCUGCCGCAGGCGCGGCGGCUGCUGGCGGCGCCGGUGCCGGCGGUGGCGGUGGCGGCAGGAGCACGCCGCUGACGGUUCCGCGGCGCCCGUCGACCGAUGCUGCCCGGGUCGGCGGCGGCGUGGCGUCGCCUUCGCCGUCAAACUCGGUCGUGUCCAUCGGCGGCAUCGCAACAGUCGGCGGCGGCGGCACGGGUGCCUUGUCGCCAACGCAUUCGUACCCCAGCUCUGUGGCGUCGCCGAUGGGCUCGUUGCGCCCGUCCAUGGAUGGAGCUUCUGCCGCCGCUGCCGCCGCCGCCGCCGCGGCAGCGCUCUCAGCCGGCGGCGGCGCCGCCGCCACGCCCGCCAGCACUGUACCGCCGCCGCCGCCGCCCGGCCGCCUCAACGGCGCUCACUUGCCGCCGCCGCCGCAGCAGCAGCAGCCGCAGCCGCCGCUGCCGCCGCCGCCGCCGCUGCCGGGCGCCGCCGCCGUCAGCGGCACACCGCUGGGCGCGGCGGCGGCGCUGUCGGCGAUCCUGCACAGCUGGGGCCGCGACGCCCACACGGACGCUGCCCUGGCGGCGGCGCUGACCCAGAUGGGCGUGCUUUUGCCGCCGCCGCCGCCGCAACAGCAGCCGCCGCGCAGGUCUCGCUCGCGCCGUCAGGGUCACCGCGGCCCCGCUGUUGCUGCCGGUGGUCGCGGCCGGCACAAGGCCACGUGCUCCUCCUCUCGCGCCGCGCUACACGGUGGAGACGAGGGCGCGGCGGCGGCAUGCUGCCUGGCGCCACGCGCAACCACAGCUGCAAGUGCAGAGCAGCCGUCACAGCGGACACCGGCCGCCGCCGAAGGCGCCGCCGCCGCCGCCGCCCCGGCGCAACCGAACAACAGCUUCAACGGCCUGGUACAGCCGGCGGUGGUGUCGGCGUGCGGCGCCGUCGCCAUGAUGCUGCCGCAGCGCAGCGCCGCCGCCGCCGCCGCCGCCGCCGCCGCCGCCGCCAGCACUGCCGCCUCCGCGGCCAUAGCUGGUGCAAGCUGGCAAAACGCGAUCACGCUGGCGGCGCCAGCGCAGCCGAUGGCGGCAGCGGCGUCAGCGGCGGCUGCGGCAUGGGUGGGCGACGGCGCCGCCGCCGCGUCGCGGCUGCUGCACCUGACCGCGCUGUCCGGCGGGCUGCUCGCCGCCGCCUCCGCCGCCUCCGCCGCCGCCGGCGCCGACGCCGCCGGGCUGGCGCGCGCCGCCGUCCGCGCCGCCAGCGGCCUCCGGCAGCACUACCUGGUCGCAGAGCGCGACGCUACAGCCGCCGCCGCCGCCACCGCCGCCGCCACCGCCGCGGCUACAGCCACUAGUGCUACAGCCACCGCCGCCGCUGUUGGUGCGGCGGCGCCACCGCCGGAUCUGUCGGUGUUUGCUCGGCGUUGGAGCUGCGAGAACGAGGCGGUGCGGGAGGCGGCGCAGCUGCUGCUUGCAGCCUACACCGAGCCGCUGCCGCUGCCGCCGCCGCCGCCCGCCGGCGGGCCCGCUGUGCUUGCGGAGCAGCAGGAGCAGCAGCUACGGCGGCUGCCGCCGCAGGCAACGGAAAUCCUCAAGCUCAUGGCACCCGCUGCAGCCAACUCCAGCACCCCACAUGGCAAAUCGGCGGCGCUGCCGCCGCCGCCGCCGCCACAUCGCCUGUACCCCGCCGCCCUCAUCGCCGCCGCCGCCUGUCUAGCACACCCAACCGCCGCGCCGCCGGCGCUGUUCGCAGCCGCCGCCGCUGCGCUCUCCGAGCUCAUGUGCCUGCCGCUCAUGCCGCCGCCGCCACCCACAGCAAGUGCUACAGCCGGCGGCGGCUACGGCCACGGCGUGUGGGCGCCCGACGGCGCGCUACUGCCGGCGCUGGCAGCCUCGGUGCUGACGACGGCGCUGGGCGGCAGCGGCGCGGCGGCGGCGGUGCGGUGGCGGCGGGCGCUGCAGCCGUGGGACGUGUUUGUGGACCGGCUGCUGGCGGUGGUUCAUGCGAUGCCCACAGACGCCGCCGACCCCACCUCCUCCUCCGCCUCCUACCUACACCCACACCACCUUGCCCUCUACACCUGCUCGUCAACCGCCUCCGCCUCCUCCACCGCCUCCUCCACCUCCCGCCACCCACCCGCCUUCCCCGGCCCCGUCCCCGGCCCCGCGCACGCCCACGGGGCAGCCUCCUCGCCCCCCGCCCUGACCUCCUUUGUAUCCGGAAGCAGCGGCGGCGGCAGCGGACACCACGGCCACAGCGCCAGUGGCAGCGGCCACGGCAGCCACCACCACCAUCACCAGCAGGUGUCAGCGGCGGCGUUGGCGGCGCUGAGGCGCGUGAGCGAGGCGGCGGCGGCGCUGCUGGCGGCGGCGGCGGCGGCGGACCUGCCCGGACUGCUGGCGGGGCUACGGCGCUUCUCGGCAGGCGAUCAUCUGCCCCUGCACCCGCACGUGGCGGUCGCGCUCCGAGCCCUGGCCGCCGCCGGCCCCGGCGGCCGCGCCGCGCUGGCCCGCAGCUGCCCCCAGCUGGCUGCCUACCUGUGCGGCAGCUGCCUGGCAGCUGCCGCGGGGCGGCUGCGGCCCGACCUGCAGCGGCUGGGCUACAUGGCGGCGGCGGACGUGGCGGCGGCGCUGGGGCCGGGCGGCUGCGCCGCGCUGCACGCAGGCAGCAUGCAGUUCGCGGCGGCAAGCCCGCUGCCACUGCCGCCGCCCACGCCCCUGCCCGGCACCAAGGUGCCGCUACCGGGCCCGACAUCAUCAUCAACGGGAUCCGGAUCUCAUCGGAAUCCGGAUCCGAAUCUGGGUCGGCUGCCGCGCUUCGUGACUGUGUACGACAUGGAGCACGGCGCCGCCACGUGGCAACUGCCGCUACAGCCUGGGCCGGAGGCGCUACUCCCCACCCCGCCCGCCCUGGCGGCGGCGGCGGUGGCUCCGCCGCCGCAUCCGCUGUGGUCGCCGCCGCCGCCGCCCGCGUCCUGCUCUGUGGCGGAGCAGCUGAGGGCGGUGGCGCGCGGCGGCGUGGUGGCUAUGGCGUUCAGUCCGCAGGGCGACUCCCUGGCGGUGCUGGUGCAUGGCGUGCCGCCCUCCCCCUCCCCUUCCUCCACCCCCCAGCCGCCGUACGACGCCGCCUCCGGGGCCCCUGCCGCCGCCGCGGGUGGGGUGCCGCCGCCGGCCGCGCCGCGGGCGGCGCCGGCGGCCGUGCCCCUGGCUGUGCUGGUGUUCUCCCUGCGCCUGCCCUGGUCGGCGCGUCUGGGCCUGCCGUUGCUGGGAGGAGGAGGGGGAGGAGGAGGGGGCUCGCAGCCACUGGUGGUGCAGCCGUGCCAUUGCUGGCUACUGCCGCCGACAGCCUUCGGGGCGCCGGCAGUGGCCGCGGCGGCGCCGCCGCCGGCGGCGUCGGCAGCGGCGGCGCGGGUGCUGGUGCCGGUAGAGGCACGGGUGGAGUUGUUGGAUGGGGUUGCGAGGGGCCCGGUUGCUGUUGCGUACGGACCAGAGGUUGGGGAGGAGGAGGAGGCGCGGGUGGCGCAGGCGGAGGCGCAGGUGCGGGCGGCGGCGUGGGAGGCGGAGGAGGCGCGGGCCGUGUCGGCGGUGGUGGGGCGGGUGUAUGGGCUGCGGUGGAGCUCGGCGAGUGCGCUCGACCUGUUGAGCCGGGGGAGGGCGGUGGUGCGGCUUGCGUUUUAGGCGGGCGGGCUUGCGCGCUCUUGCAGCGUUUGGAAAGGAAGGUAAAGGAAGGCGAACAGCCGGCACGACCAGACCGGCCGCCGCGACUUGCUGGCGGCGGCGGCGGUUUGCUGGAGGCAAAGUUGGAGGGAUUGCUCGACUAGGCCGCGCAGGCAAGGCUGGGAGGUGGACUGGCAGGAUGUGGGAGUGCUUGUGGACGACGUGGAAGGGGACGCACGUGGAAGUGGUUGAUCGUGCGCAAGCGGUUGCGACUCCCAGCGACUCUGCGCACCAGCAUGCGCGGCCCAAUCGCGACUCACCGCC